UGUCCAUGAAUUUAGAAUUUAGUCGAUAAGGUCUCAGCUUAAUUGCAGUGUUGGGUGUAAUCCAAGAGGAAGUUGAUCUCCUCUCUCCUUCCCCAUUACUGCCAUCUGUUCCUUUUGUUUGCCCUAAGGGAUUUUUGCCUUCUCUUUCAUCCACGCACUUUUGCUUUUUUUUACAUUGCUUUGGUAGAAUUUCAUCCACACCUUCAACUCAUGGCUUCAAAACGUAUCCUCAAGGAACUCAAGGAUCUGCAGAAAGACCCUCCUACCUCUUGCAGCGCUGGACCUGUCGCUGAAGAUAUGUUUCACUGGCAAGCAACAAUUAUGGGGCCCACUGACAGUCCAUACUCUGGCGGUGUAUUCCUUGUUACAAUCCACUUCCCUCCUGAUUAUCCAUUCAAGCCCCCCAAGGUUGCAUUUAAGACCAAAGUUUUUCAUCCAAAUAUCAACAGUAAUGGAAGCAUAUGCCUUGAUAUUCUGAAAGAACAAUGGAGCCCAGCACUUACCAUCUCCAAGGUCCUGCUCUCAAUUUGUUCAUUGCUGACCGAUCCAAAUCCUGAUGAUCCACUUGUACCUGAGAUAGCCCACAUGUACAAGACUGACAGGGCCAAGUAUGAGUCGACUGCACGCAGCUGGACACAGAAAUAUGCCAUGGGAUGAUGGUGGUGGAUGCACUUCCCAUCCUUAAUUAUGUAGUGUUCUUGUAGUAUGACCCAGCACAUCACGAAUUAAGCAAGGUGGAGGAGUUUGUGUUCAGUGGUUGGUUUUCAGCUGGGAUAUAAAAGAAGGAUGAAAUGUUUAGUGAAGUUCUUUUUGCUUCUAUAUAGCAUCGUAUGCUUGUGUGAACAAUGCAUUUGCUUGGUGUUCUAGAAUUGGAACUUUGGUAUUCGUGUUGGUGGCUUUUAACCAGUUAUAAUAUAUAGUUGUGUCAUUAAUUUUA